AACAUUAAGCACCUAAUCCGAAGGAAGUCCAACUCAUUACAAGUGCGAGAACUGGAAUGUUGACGACUUAUUGUCGUGAUGAUUAGACGCCUACUCAAACCUGAGGCCAGCUUGAGGUCUAUUUCCAGACAGGAAAUCAGCAAUUUUUCGUUUAAAAUAGUCCAUCCCAGUAGUGCACAAAAAUCGCGGGCGUAUAAUUGGAAAAUUCAUUCAUACUGUGUCGUCUCCUAGAGGACAGAAGUGUCCAAUACUUUGUUUAAACAAAACAGUGCAAAAAACCACAAAAUGGAUGAUCCAAUAGAUGUUUCAGUGGUUAGAAAGUCAUUUCAACAUUUCACAAUGGUUGACUAUUCAGUGUUCGUCUUAAUGUUAGGCGUGUGCACUGGAAUUGGGUUGUAUUUUGGCUGUGUAAAGAAACAGAAAUCUGUGCAGGAUUAUUUGAUGGGUGGAAGGGAUAUGGGCAUCGUUCCAGUCACGUUCUCCUUGGUUGCAAGCUUUAUUUCAGGUAUUUCCUUGCUGGGCACACCGACGGAGCUUUACUUAUACGGGACGUCAUAUGUCUUUUUCCUUAUCGGGGCCUGCCUAAUGUCAGUCGUCAUCUCUUUUACUUUCAUGCCAGUAUUGCACGAUUUGCAAAUAACAUCGGCUUAUGAGUACUUAGAACUUCGUUACGACAAGCGGGUUCGAUUAUUUGGUUCUAUCAUAUUUAGUUUUUAUUUGAUGGCGUGGUUACCCAUUGUGAUAUACGUACCAGCUUUAGCAUUUAAUCAAGUAACCGGUGUCAAUAUUCAUAUCGUCACUCCAGUCGUAUGCUUUGUUUGCAUAUUCUAUACAUCAUUGGGAGGUUUAAAAGCCGUCGUUUGGACGGAUGUGAUACAAACUAUAGUGAUGACAGGUGCAAUGAUUUUAGUCAUCAUCAAAGGGACAAUCAUUGUUGGCGGCUUUGGCGAAGUCUGGCGACGGAACUGGAACACAGGAAGGAUAGAAAUGCCCUCACUUCACUUUGAUUUGACUGAUCGACAUACUAUUUGGUCAGUUUCCAUUGGGUCCAUGUUCUAUUGGACUGGCAAUAUAGCGGUCAAUCAAUCUAUGAUGCAGAGAUUUCUGUCUCUGCCGGAUUUGAAAUCAUCAAAAAGGGCAGUUUGGGGUUUUCUAGGUGGCAUAGCACUGAUAGUGUUAAUCUGUGCCUUCAGCGGAAUGCUAGCAUACGCUAGAUACUAUGACUGCGAUCCCCUGGACUCCAAGCUGGCUUUGGCCAAGGAUCAGAUCUUGCCGUUGUUGGUUAUGGACGUCCUAGGAGAAUGGAAUGGCUUGCCGGGUAUCUUUGUAGCUGGAGUAUUUAGUGCAGCACUCAGUUCGCUGUCAACCGGGCUGAAUUCAAUGUCUGCUGUAGUCCUGGAGGACUUUUGGAAGCCGUUUUUCAGGCAGCCGUCUCACAAGGAGACACAAAUACUUAUGCGUGCCGUGGUCGUAGUUAUUGGAUGCGUAUGUGUCGGCCUAGUGUUUAUUGUUGAGAAGUUAGGAUCCGUUCUACAACUGUCGAUGAGCUUGUCAUCUGCAUCAAUGGGCCCUCUGACUGGUGUAUUCCUCAUGGGUUUGUUCUUACCGUUUAUAAAUUCUACGAGCGCCUUGAGCGGGGGCGUGUUCGGUCUGCUUACUUCUUGGUGGGUGGCAGCGCAGGCCCAGCUCGCGCAGGCGCACGGCUCGCUGCGUUUCGAGGAAAAACCCCGUUUUCUGCACAACUGUACUUACACGUUCCCCGAUAAAACUGUACAGGACGCGACCGAGGAUGAUGUGGCCUACUUAUACAGGUUAUCAUACUUUUGGUACACUGCAUUCGGCUGCAUCGUAACCAUAGUCGUGGCGUGUCUCAUCAACCUCUGGCCGCAGAAGAAAAAAGAAAAACACUUCAACGAGCUGCGACUUUACGCGCCUUUCAUAAGAAAAUGGAUAGCAAACAAAUAUCAGAUCAAAGUGAACAACGGUGAUGUCGAACUACACAACAGAUAAAAUUCGUAAAAUGAAACUUGACAUAAAUAAAUAAGCUUUACAUGAUAAUAGGAACUCUAUUAUUGAUAAUUUGUACACAAUGUGCGAUAAAUAUAACGUAAAAAUGGUGAUUUUUUUAUAUAUAUAAAAGUUAUCUGGAUCGCUUAAUACUAAUUUACAAAAUAGUUUGUUAUUCACAUUAUUUAGUACGGGUAAUUUCUUCCGGUGUCUGCUCUGAAGAUGCCGAGCCUGUAAAAAAAUAUUUGAUGUUUAGCGCACUUAAUUUAAUUUGUUUCUUUAAUUAUUUACAUAUUACAUACCUAGUUCAUUGACAUACAAAAUAGGUAUUUUAUUUAGACGCAGAAUUAGAUUUUUUAAAUAUUUACGAAAAAAAAAAUCGUUUUUAUGUAGGUAGGUACUAAAUGCACUAUAAACAAUAGGUCAACUGUGUGAUAUUGCUUCUAGUUGUAUUGCAUUUCCCAUACUUGGACUGACAUUAUUAUAUUAAAAAGCAGCAAACACAGUCCACCUUUUUAUCUACGUUUAACCAUUCAUGCAGCCUGUCAACAAUUCAAAGCUUGAAAACGGAACAGCAAGGAACGAAAUUAAUUUUAGCAUUAUAUGGUGAGGUGAGAUCUAAUAAAAGUAAUAAAUCAAUGUA